UAUAUUUUGUAUCUUCCCGGCGCGUGCAUUACAUACGCCACGUGAAAAAGGUAUAAAUAAGUCCUUAGUAUCGUAAAAAGCUUCGUUUUAUAAAAAAUUCACCCUUACCGAAACCGUCACCGAGUUUAGCUAAUUAUUCCCAAUAUCGGAACUAUAGAAACAUGGUGGAUACAAUAGAACAGGACGCGGAAGAGUACGCAGCCGAAUAUGGAGUACUGAAGGGUGAUCUUGUGUUUAUUCGCAACAAUCAAAACCUGGUGCAAACUAUCGAACAAAUCCAGCAAACGCUUGCGAACGUGAAUCGUGAGUACGAUAAUUAUGCCAACUUUACGCUAGAGCAAAAGGUUCGGUUCGAUUCAUUAUGUGCGUUCUGUGUGAACGCUCUGUUCUGGAUGCACGAGAAGCUGCUUGGUCGUCCAACUACGGUUAUGGAUGACAUCAAAUCAGAUCUCGAUCGGGUGCGAGAAGCGAUGAAACGGUUACAGAUGGUGCACGAUAAUCUAACCAAACGUCCCCACCUAGAUAAACCAGCUGCUAAACGGUUCAUUCGAGCCGGCCUGUACGAUUUAAAUAGCACACCCGACAAAUCGGACGGUGCGCCACCAAACAAAAAGAAACGGAUGAAGAAUAGAGAAACAGAAUGACCAGUACCAAUCUAAUGGCGAGCGGAAAUGGCAUUUAUGAACACCACAGUCUGUAUAAAAUAUGUGAAAUGAAACUGCUAAAGGGUUUUAUACAAUUAUACACUACUAAACAAAAGGAUAAACGAAGAAAAUAAACUCUAAUAUUAAAGAUUACUUGCCACGUAACGGUGCUUAAUCAGAUCUUCGUUUGAUCCUAUUUUGAGAAAUGUACUUCGGUAGGAAAUUUCGCACAAAGUCAUCUGCUAGGUGAGAAACGAUAAAUUUAAAAUCAUAAAUAUCUGUUUCGAGUUCCAAAGCCUAAAA